CUUUGCUGUCUCCAGAGAAAAGCUUCCUUCUUCCAGAGAAAAGCUUCCUUCUUCCACCUCACCAUACACACCACCUAGGCUGUCAAGGCAGUUCCCCUAGAGCUACAUAGUAAAAUCCAGACUCCAUAAUCUUCAAAGAACAAACCUUUCUCCCAUUUCCUCCAAGAAGCCAUCAAUAUGUUCCAGAACGUCCUCGCCCUCCUCCUCCAGCUGAGCCUGGCCGCCCUCGCCCUCGCCGCCCCCGUCGCGCAGGAUGUCUCUGCCACCACCGCUGGUAACUCAUGGCAGUACGGCACUGGCGGCGGUAUCCUCGGCUUCAUCGUCCUGGUUCUUGACAUCAUCGUCUUCAUCGAGGUUCUCAAGUCCAACCGCCCGCCCGCGUCCAAGCUUCUCUGGUGUCUCGUCGUCUUCCUCUUCCCCAUCGUUGGUAUGGUCGUCUACUGGCUCUUCUCGAACCGUGCCGAGCACAACCGUGGCGGGUCGUACGAGCCUCUCCCUUAAGAAGGUUGAAAGAACAUGUGCGUGGGUCAUGAGAUUUGAGGCGGCGAGAUAUUGCCAGUGGGGCGGUUACUUGCUUGAGGGGGAAUGCGGGUUUACCAGUGGUGGUGUUCUGUGUGAUAAAGGGUUUAGCGGUAACAGGACAGGAGUGGGCGUUGGGAGUGGUUGGUGAAGUAGGAAAGGCUGCGAGUCUUCCUUUGCUACUUUGCAUCUUGAAUAUGUUUUAACCCGAUGACGUUCGUUUAGAGGUAUGACUUGUGUCGAUUUUCCAACGCGGUGGAGUAUGCUCUCAUGGCAAGGAGACGUAUGGAGUUGAGCUCAAAUUGAGUGCCGUCAGAGCUCUUCUCCAGAGCU